GGCCCGACAGUCGCGAGAAGUGUACGUGAGUGAGUGUCUGUGUUCGCGCCUGCGCACGAGCGUCUUCCACACGAUCCUUGCCAAUAAUGAUGACCAGAGGCGGUUCAACCCCACAACUGUGAUCAUCGAUGGCAACUUUUUCUGUCUUGCUGGUUCUCGCCGUGGCCACAGUGUGUCAGGGAUGUCAGUUCUAUCCACUGGGCGAGUACCUAAGGUUUGUGAGAGUCCCGGAGAAUCUACCUGUAGGAGGCGAAGUGCUGCAAGUUGAGGUCCAUCCCCGAAGAAACCUCACCAUUCAACCUGUCGAUAAGGCUGACGACGUCCAGUUCUUCAGAUACAGGCCCGUCAACAAGACCGUGGUGUCAGUUCGCCUGGCCCAGUCUCUGGAAGAUUUGGUUGACUCGCCUAACCCCCGCAACGUACUGAAGCUGAGAUUGGUCUGUGACUACGAUGACGGCGAUGACACGAUAAUGUCGUACCUCUCAGUCACAGUGUAUGUAGAGGACGUCAACGAUCAUGAUCCUCAGUUCAUCAACAACCCGUACAAAGUCAGCGUCGACGAGCUCACCCCAACAGGUAUCACGAUAUUCCGAGGAAUCCACGCAGUGGACGGUGACAAGCCCAACACGCCCAACUCAGAGCUGCAGUACGCCAUCGUGGCUGGCAACGAGAAGGGCAAGUUCACUCUGGAGAACUCUCCCAGAGCAGCUCUCGUGCUGAGGAAGCCGCUCGAUUUUGAUACCGGUGACACCUCAUUCAACCUCACCAUAAUGGCAGCGGACCAGGGGAAACCCCCGCGGGCAGCCACCGCCAGCCUGCAGGUGGACGUGACUGAUAGCGAUGAUCUCAGCCCUAAGUUCACUAAAGAUGUCUACCGUACUCAGAUCAUGGAGUUCUACCCUGUAACGGGCAAAAGGAUCCACCAGGCCCUAAAGUUCAACCCGCCGAUCCACGCUUACGACCAAGACCGUCUCAUAAACUCCACAGUCCGCUACGACCUGAUAGCCGGCAACGAAAGGCAUCUGUUCAGUAUCGACCAGAACAACGGCACGCUGUUCCUGGAGCGAGAGCUGGACCUGGACUCCCUUCCUGGCAACACGUUCACGCUUCAGGUCCAGGCAGCCCAGGUGGACAACCCCCUGAAGACAUCGGUGGCGAGAAUAGAGAUAGAAUUGUUGGAUAUCAACGACAAUAAGCCACAGUUUGAGGUAGAGCUGUACAAUAUAAGCAUUGUGGAGAACCUGCCCAACGGUUUCAGCGUGCUGCAGGUCAUGGCCACUGAUCAGGAUCAGGGGGAUAACGGAGAGUUCGUGUAUCACCUGGUGGACCCCAGUCAAGCCUUCAGUAUCGAUGGACGCACAGGCUGGCUGACUGUGCGCAACCAGGCGAAGCUGGACCGUGAGCAGAGGCCUGCCUUGUCCAUGCGUGUCCUGGCCCGCGAGAAAUUACCCAGUGUCGUCACUCCCCCCAGUGACGCAUUUGUGUCCGUGGAAGUAACCUUGCUGGACGCCAACGACAACAAUCCCGUGUUUGUGCCCAGCAACCUGUACGAGUUUUCUACAACGCCCAAUGUCCCCGUCGGCUUUAAAGUUGGAAAGGUGGAGGCAACAGAUCCUGACCUAGGUCGGAAUGGUAUGGUGCUGUAUCAGCUCCAGCGCAGCAACACCUCCGGUACCCACACCUCUCAGCUGACAGUGGACGCUCAGUCCGGCCACGUGCUCGUGAGUGACGUGCCGCUCGUGCUGGGCAAACACACUCUAUUCGUGGAGGCCUCAGACCAACCCGCCAACCCCAGCGAGAGACGCUUCUCCCUGGCUGUGGUCACUGUGCUUGUUGAGCCAGCCAAGAAGGAUGUCCUGCCAGAUUUUGUUGGUGCUCCAUACGAGUUCUGGGUGGGCAGUGAUGUCCCGGUGGGUACGAGUGUAGGACAGAUCAGAGUGACGGAGGCAGUCAGCAAGCGGAAAGUCCUAUAUGACCUACUUCAUAGUUACCAUGAGGGAGUCCCGUUCGCAGUUGAGGAGAGGUCAGGAACCAUCACUGUCGUUGACGACAUGAGCAAUUACGACAGACUCUUGUACGACUUUGAGGCUGUCGUCACUGAUGAGGAUGAUAUCACUCUUAUCACUAACGUCACUGUCCACGUUGUUCAUUCUGACUCUGCCUUCUCCGCCAACAGUAACAACGAACCAAUUGUGAUGAAGUUCAGUGUACGAGAGAACCUUUCCGGAGCUCUGGUAGGUCAGCUGAUCCCUUUGCGUAACAACUCCGCAGAGCCCAGCGCCUGGAAAGGGGUGAAGUUCAUGAUCGUCAGCGAGCCCCAGGUGACGGAGCAGUUCGCGAUAUCACAAGACGGUACAGUCUACACGCAGAAAGGUCUGGACCGUGAGCUCAAGGAGUCGUACCAGCUCAGCGUGAUAGCGGAGAGUGGCCGUGGUGUUAUCGCUCAUAGAGGCUUUUAUCAGGUACACGUUGAGGUUGAAGAUGAGAACGACAAUGCUCCCAUGUUUGUGAAGCCCUGGUACUCUGGACACAUCAGAGAGGACUGUGGGAAGGGAUGUCCUGUAGCGAUGGAAGGUCCGAUCACAGCGCGAGAUGCAGACGUUGGGAUCAACGCAAAGUUCCAUCUGACACUCCGUGGAGAAGACAGUAACAUGUUUGCCCUGGAGCCGAGUGGGCUGGUGAUUCUUGUGGGGAAGGUGGACAGGGAGGUUAAGGACAAACAUGUUCUCAGGGUCGUCGCCACUGAUAAAGGAAACCUUAGUUCAGAAGUAGUGCUUACUAUCCACGUGGAUGAUGUAAAUGACAAUCUUCCUCAAUUCGUCCAAAUGUGGGUUCAUCCGAGCGAGAUGGUGGAGAUAGAGAACCCUGUGAGCAGUGCCUUGCUCAUCGCUGUCGGAAAUAAAACGAUUAUUGAGAGCAGCAGAAGUCUUCGGGACAAGGAAGUGUUGCCGGUGGUUUCAAUCCCAGAAACACUAGCAGUAGGCUUCCCUGUCAUUCGUCUAUUGGCUACAGAUAAAGACAACGGUGAAAAUAGUUCAAUAAGUUAUAAAUUGGUGAGCGAAACGUAUAUUCCGGAAAUUACAAUGGUCGCCCCCUACACGACCCAUCACUUCACAGUCCACCCUACAACGUGUGAGGUGACUGUGUCCGGACUGCUCCCUCCUCAAACAGAGUUCAGGCUGAACAUCACUGCCAUGGACGGAGGAGGUCUAGAGACUAGCAUCAUUGCAAGGAUAUUCGUGAAGGAUGUCAACAACAACUCACCAGUGUUCGAAAAGUCCCGAUACUACUAUGAAAUCGUUGAGGGGGAUUACGAGGGGAAAUUACUUGGUCACGUGGUCGCUUCAGAUCCUGAUUUCGGUGAGAACGGAAAUGUCUCUUAUACUCUCUUACAAAAGCGGGACUCUUCGUCCAAACUUCCUUUCAUGGUGUCUUUUGACGGAAUCAUAACGGUAGAUGGGAAACUAGAUCAAGAGUCUCAGUCGAUGUACUUUUUCAGAAUAAUGGCUCAAGAUCAUGGGCCAGUGAACAGGAGGCUUCGUAGUACGGUGGAUAUUGAGGUGAAGGUUUUGGAUCUGAAUGACAACCCUCCUAUGUUCUAUGGUUAUAGUAGAAUAGUAAAAGCCAACUUGGAAGGUUCCUCAGACACUUUGUCAGUCCCCUUAUACACGGGUUCAGUCACAGAGAACAGUCCGCCUGGGACACGAGUUGUUAAAGUCUCUGCGAACGAUUCUGACUCGCUAAUCAACGGUAACGGAAUGCUCCUAUUUCACAUUCAGCAUCUCAGCAACAGGCCGCAAUUGUUUGCCGUCGACUCCAAGGACGGUACAGUCACCACCACAACCAGUCUUGACUAUGAGAAGCAGGGCGUGUACAAUGUGACCAUCGUGGCCUCUGACCUCGGCCAUCCCUCACUCAGCUCAACUGCUCUACUCAUGGUCUCUGUCCUUGAUGUCCCAGAACAAGUUGAGGAGGAUAUUCCCGGCCCGAUCUUCACCCACAGAUACUAUGAACUUGAGGUAGAAGAAAACUCAGUUCUACCACUGAAGUUACUCACCCUGAACGUGAGCCGAGACUUCAGGUCACGUGCUAACCAUGGGUACACGUACAGUCUGGUGCCGGGACCGGACAGUGAGUGGUUCCAUGUGGAGAGAUUCAACGGAACCCUGUACUUGGUGGCGAACCCAGACAGAGAGAAGGUCAAGAGGUUGGAGACCACGGUGCAGGUCCAUCCGAUAAAGAAAGCUAGAGGGUUCCCCCACAUGAUCUUCCCAGCUCACACCUCUGAUCUUGCUGCCAAUGAAGUGAAGAUAGUGGUGAGGGUCAAGGAUGUCAACGACAAUUCCCCUCAGUUUCCUCUGAAUGGACGGCCCCUAGUGGCCGCCAUCCCCACGUCUGCCAACUACGGCUAUCCAAUCGCACGACUGCAGGCUACAGAUGUAGACGAAGGUCUGAACUCUGAGAUUAGAUACCAGAUACUAGGAGGUGAAGCCGACUACUUCACUGUAGAUCCUGUGACAGGACACCUACGAGCUGUGGCCAGUUUCGCACACCAGGCAGGACAUGUGUUCGGGUUCGAUGUCAAGGCCACAGAUCGAGCAGGUGCUCACGAUGGUCGCUCUGCUAUCGCUAAUGUCUUUGUUUAUGUUUUGAAUGAACAGAAGAAGCUUGCACUGAUUAUGAAUGCCAAACCUAUAGAUGUAGAAGACCACAUAGACAACAUCACAAAGGUGCUGUCCAACGUUACGGGACUGGACGUGAGGUUACGAAUGCUGGAACCUCAUCAAGAGGAGAAUGGAGACUACACAGACGCUACUGACAUGUAUCUCUAUGCUGUGGAUCCAAUAAUGAACGUCAUCGUGGACAUGGAGACAUUGAAUGAGGUUCUAAGCUCCAAGCAGGAGGAGGUGAAGCGGAGUCUGGAGCCACUGCACGUGCUGGAGGUGGCGGGCACUGGAGCAGUGUACCAUGCUCCAGCUCGUCCUAUACCACCACGCACUCCACUCCUCACUGGCCUGGAGGUAGUCACCAUCGUCCUGGGCUGUGUGGUGUUCCUCGGUGCCCUCACCGCUGCCUUCUGCGUUGUGUGUCUCAGCAAGAAGAAGAGCAAGAAGAUCGGAGGAGGCUAUCCUAUCAACACUGUAGACCUGGGGCUGUCCAAGCAACGGUUGGACUGCAAGCCCAGGUCCCUCUUCUACUCCGGGGCGUUUGUGGAAGACACUUCGGAUAGCUACAUGUCAAACCGCUCAGAGUGUGCUCGGCGCACACGUCAUGGCAGGCACAGACACGCACCGACAUGUUCACGCCACCACUCUCGUCGCUGCACGCCUGCGAGAUCCCCUUCCGCCAAGAUGCUGGAAUUAUCCCUGGCUUCGCUCCACUCCAGUGCACGAGACUCCGGCAUUGGGGACCCGGUGAGAGUUCGAGGCCGCUGCGCCUGUGGACACUCCACUUCGCAUUCAUCUGCAAACAGUAGCAAUGGGAGCUAUGAAGACUCCUUGAAGUCCCUCCACAGGCAUCACAGCCACAGCAGCGGUGGCAGUGGAGGUGGAGGUGGAGGAUGUGCGGGGCAUGGGGGAGAGUUCACGCUGGCGAGACACCAGAGGAAAGAUUCCAUGGGGGGCACUAUGAUGCAGCCCCCACCUCCCUUCACAGGCCCUGGGCUCGUGAGACGUCCCAGUGAACGCAUGGUCAUCGCUCGGUGAACCUCUUGUAAACUUUGUACAUUUUUAGCACUUUAGUUCGUUGUUGUCACUUUUGUAAUUUACUUUAUUUAAUUUUGUGAAUUAUUAUGUAUUAUAUGUUUUUAUAAUAAACUUA